AUGCAGCAGGAACUGCAGCCUGUGGAGAGUGUCCACACAGGACGAGGUUUGCUGGCAGGAGCUGUGAUCCAUGGUGGACUCACACUGAAGCAGUUCAUCCCUAAAGGACUGUGCAUUGUGGAAAGUUGUUUGACUGGUGAAGAAAUUUUUUCUUUGCAUGGGAUACCGAACAACAGUCACAUAUCAAAUUCCAACUUCUCUACAAUAUGUCCCGCUGUUUUGCAACAGCUAAUUUUUCACCCAUGUGAUCAUCAGGAAAACUUUGAGGAUACGUCUAAACCACAUUCUUUACAAGUUUGGGGAUUUGGGUUCCUGACUGUGACCAUCAUUAACUUGGCAUCGCUUCUGGGAUUGAUUUUAACUCCUCUCUUAAAGAAGUCGUAUUUCCCCAAGGUUUUAACUUACUUUGUGGGCUUGGCCAUUGGUACUCUCUUUUCUAAUGCAAUUUUCCAGCUCAUUCCAGAGGCGUUUGGGUUUGACCCGAAAGUAGAUAACUAUGUUGAGAAGGCAGUUGCUGUGUUUGGUGGAUUCUAUAUUCUCUUUUUUGUGGAAAGGAUUCUUAAAGUGAUAUUAAAGAUCUAUCACCAGACUGGCCAUAAUUACUUCGAAAAUGGUGAAGAGAAUCGUUCUCAGGAUAAGACUAACCCACCCAAACCACUGUCAUCCAGCAAUGGGGGGGCGUGUUACGCAAAUUCAGCCGUCAUAGAGAGCAAUGGAAAUCUUGGUUUUGACAGCAUCAGUGUGGUCUCAGCACAGGAAGAAGCCACCCAAAGCAGCUUAUGCAAGUGUCUUAAUGGGCGUCCACUGUCAAAGAUUGGGACCAUUGCUUGGAUGGUAACACUGAGUGACGCCGUACAUAAUUUCAUAGAUGGUUUGGCUAUUGGUGCUUCUUUCACUCUGUCUCUGCUUCAAGGGCUUAGUACCUCCAUAGCCAUCCUGUGUGAAGAGUUUCCUCAUGAAUUAGGGGAUUUUGUCAUCUUGCUUAAUUCAGGAAUGAGUACUCGACAGGCUCUGUUUUUCAAUUUUCUGUCUGCAUGUUCUUGUUACAUUGGAUUGGCUUUUGGUAUAUUAGUAGGCAACAACUUUGCUCCCAACAUCAUCUUUGCUGUAGCUGGUGGAAUGUUUCUGUACAUCUCUCUGGCAGAUAUGUUCCCAGAGAUGAAUGAUAUGCUGCGGGAGAAAGUGACAGGAAGAAAGAUGGAUCUUACAUUCUUCCUUAUUCAGAAUGCUGGUUUGCUAACGGGGUUUACUGCUAUACUGAUGAUCACCUUGUAUGCAGGAAAUAUUGAGCUGUGAUAAUGCAAGUGAAAAUGGAAUCAUUACUGAAGACAUGAAGUAAAUUGCAAAUGGAAGACACUUGAAAUCCAUAAAGGGACAUUCAUUAGUGACAAGUCCCAUCCUAUCCCUCUUGCUCCAAAUACAGGAAGUUCUUCUUUAGGACUUGCAGUCAAUCCAAAUAGCAGGAGCUGUCAACUUCUGUACAAUGCCAAAAAAAUGCUAGUAUUUUUAUUUCUACUUAAAAUUAUCAGACAUAUCUGGACUGUCACAGAGAAAGGAUGUUACUUGGCCAGUAGAAUUAUGUAAUACAUGCAACUCAGGACCAACUGAAAGCUGAGGUGUACAAGGAAGAUGUGUAUUUAAAAGAAAAUAAUAGAGUUUCAUAUCCUUUUUUAACAGUGAUGAAGGCAAGCAAUUUUCAGUUUUCAUGACUUUAGUGUAGAAUUUGUCUGUGUAACAUCCCCUUUCCCCAUCCAAAAAAAAAAAAAAAUCAAAUUACUUCAGAGUAGGUACUAAUGAAGCUAAGAUUUUUAAUUACUACUAAUUAACACUGGAAGGAAAGAUACCAGUUCCUGCUUUUGAUCUUCUCUCUUUAUAAGUGCACUAGGGAAUUGUUGAUUUAUUUUGAGAACCACUUUUUUUAAUUAGAGGGAACCUGUGUUAAAUUUAUGACUUUUAUC